GAUGCUGAAACGAUCUCCAGCGCACGGAGCAGAGACUAGAAGUGUUCCUGUUUGUUAAAGGAGGUGUCGACGACUCGCAGGAGGACAGCGCGAGAAAGAGGAGCGGAAGAGACAGUUAAUAUACAAUUCCUUCACUGUUGGACCUGGAAAAAGGGAGCAAGAGCCCUAAUUUUCUAUACAAAAACCACCUGCAGAAGAAAAUAGUCACCAGUGAAUUUUCCCUGACAGCAAGUCUUCAAUAUGUGUCGGAUCUAACAUAGACCAUUAUUGUGUAAACAAGGAAUAUCUCCGUUCUUGGGUGGAUGUGGGCACAUUUGUUGUGGAAAUGCCUAAGCUUAUGAAUUCAUCGGUUUUCUUUCUACCAGUUUUAUGGGGUUUGGCGCUUGGUGGCUCUCAAAGUGUACAAAUUGGUGGACUCUUUCCAAGGGGUGCUGAUCAGGAGUACAGUGCAUUUCGGAUAGGAAUGGUUCAAUUCAGCACACCCGAAUUCAGAUUGACGCCCCAUAUUGACAAUCUGGAAGUAGCAAACAGUUUUGCUGUCACCAAUUGUUUCUGUUCCCAGUUCUCGAGAGGAGUUUACGCCAUCUUUGGAUUCUACGACAAGAAGUCGGUCAACACGAUUACGUCGUUCUGUGGGACUCUGCAUGUGUCAUUUAUCACCCCCAGCUUCCCGCUGGAUGGAACUCAUCAAUUCAUCAUCCAGAUGAGGCCUGACAUCAAAGGACCCCUACUCAGCCUCAUUGAGUACUACAAGUGGGACAAGUUUGCCUAUCUCUACGACAGUGAUAGAGGUUUGACCACGCUGCAGGUGGUGCUGGACACGGCUGCGGAGAGGAAGUGGCAGGUGAUGGCCAUUAACGUGGGCAACCUGAAGGACGAGAGGAAAGACGAGGCCUAUCGCUCCCUCUUCCAGGACCUGGAGAACAAGAAGGAGAGACGGGUCAUCCUCGACUGUGAACAGGACAAAGUCCGAGACAUUAUGGAGCAGGUCAUCACCAUUGGCAGACAUGUGAAAGGCUACCACUACAUCAUUGCAAAUUUGGGUUUUGUGGAUGGGGACCUCUCCAAAAUCCAAUAUGGCGGAGCCAACGUGUCAGGUUUCCAGAUUGUGGAUUUUGAUGACCCUUUGGUGUCCAAAUUUGACCAGAUUUGGGAGGCUCUGGAGGAGAAGGAAUACCCUGGUGCCGACAGUAAGAUUAGGUACACAUCUGCGUUGACCUACGACUCAGUGCAGGUGAUGACGGAGGCCUUCCGCUACCUGCACAAGCAGCGCAUUGACAUCGCCAGGAAGGGCAACAACGGCGACUGUCUGGCCAACCCCGCUGUGCCCUGGGCGCAGGGAGUGGAGAUCGAGCGCGCACUCAAACAGGUUCGUGUGGACGGCCUCACAGGGAACAUUCAGUUCGAUCAACAUGGCAAACGAGUCAACUACUCAGUUAAUAUCAUGGAGCUGAAAAAUAAUGGUCCUGUGAAGAUUGGAUAUUGGAACGAAGUUGACAAAAUGGCUGUCACAAAAUCAGACGUGUUCCCGAAUGACACAACAGGGAUGGAAAACAAAACUGUCAUUGUGACCACAAUCUUGGAAGCCCCAUAUGUAAUGCUUAAGAAGAACGCUGACCUUUUUCUAGACAAUGAAAGAUACGAGGGCUACUGUGUAGAUUUGGCCGCUGAGAUAGCCAAGCACUGCGGCUUCAAAUACCAGCUGAAAAUUGUGGGGGAUGGAAAAUAUGGAGCCCGAGACGCUGAGACCAAGAUCUGGAACGGAAUGGUGGGAGAGCUCGUCUAUGGGAAAGCUGAUAUAGCCGUGGCACCGUUGACCAUUACCCUCGUCCGAGAAGAAGUCAUUGACUUCUCCAAGCCCUUCAUGUCCUUGGGGAUCUCCAUCAUGAUCAAGAAGCCCCAGAAGUCUAAACCUGGAGUCUUCUCUUUCCUGGACCCUCUGGCCUACGAGAUCUGGAUGUGCAUCGUGUUUGCCUACAUCGGUGUGAGCGUGGUGCUCUUCCUGGUCAGCCGAUUCAGCCCAUACGAGUGGCACACAGAGGAGUACGAGGAUGGCCAGAUCCAGACUAAUGAAUCGACCAACGAGUUUGGGAUAUUCAACAGUCUCUGGUUCUCCCUCGGCGCCUUCAUGAGACAGGGCUGUGACAUCUCGCCAAGAUCCCUCUCUGGGCGUAUUGUGGGAGGGGUGUGGUGGUUCUUCACCUUGAUCAUCAUCUCCUCCUACACGGCCAACCUGGCUGCCUUCCUCACUGUUGAGAGGAUGGUGUCGCCCAUUGAGAGUGCUGAGGAUCUGGCGAAGCAGACCGAGAUUUCCUAUGGAACACUGGACUCCGGCAGUACCAAGGAGUUUUUUAGGCGCUCCAAAAUUGCCCUAUUCGAUAAGAUGUGGACUUACAUGCGGAGCGCAGAGCCCUCUGUGUUCGUGAAAACCACAGCAGAGGGGGUGCUGCGGGUGCGCAAGUCCAAGGGCAAAUACGCCUAUCUGCUGGAGUCCACCAUGAACGAGUACAUCGAGCAGAGGAAGCCCUGCGACACCAUGAAGGUCGGCGGCAACCUGGACUCCAAAGGCUAUGGGAUCGCCACGCCCAAAGGAUCCUCAUUAAGAAAUGCGGUUAACCUCGCAGUACUAAAACUGAAUGAGCAAGGCCUGUUGGACAAAUUGAAAAACAAAUGGUGGUACGACAAAGGAGAGUGCGGCAGCGGGGGAGGUGAUUCCAAGGAGAAGACGAGCGCCCUCAGUCUGAGCAACGUUGCUGGGGUCUUCUACAUCCUGGUCGGCGGACUUGGUUUGGCCAUGCUGGUGGCCUUGAUUGAGUUCUGUUACAAGUCCCGAGCCGAGGCGAAACGAAUGAAGGUGGCAAAGAAUGCACAGAGUGACCUUCACGGACGCGAUGAGGAGCAAAGCGAGGCUGUCUAUAACGGGGAGUACUGGGGAGAACGGCCGUGUGAUGACUCCAGAGUUUCCGAAAGCAGUGCAUGCAGUACCUUACGUGAGACCUGGCAUGGGAAUGAACGUCAGCUUGACAGAUCUCUCCUGAUCGAUAAGAACCUUUCGAGUGCCUUACACUGGUUUCAAUAGAACAGUUUUUGUCUUUUCCCCCACCCCUCUUUCUUCGCACUUUCUUUUUCUCGGUCUUCGUUGAAUGGUUCGAGGGUCCUCACAUUAUGGUGGCAUGAAGACAUUUCCUUCUUUUCGCUCUUUAUUUCUCACUAAACAAAAUACUCUCCCUCUCGAUGGAAUUUAAUCUCGGGAAUAAAAAGGGAGGUCGUUUUUUUGUAAACCGGUGACAUCAUCAUUUACUAUCUCUAUCUGAGUUUUAGGAGGCUUUAUUGACUGUAACAGCUGCUAAUGGGAGGUCUGUCAUCUCAACUGGGGGGGGGGAAGUUAUUGUUUCUGUAGCCUCCACCGCCAACCCCGAGAUUCUUCAAGCAUACUUGACUUAAUUUGCAUUGAGAUGUGAAAUGUCUUUUUCUAUAGAAAAUUUAAGAAAAACUAUAUGGAAAAAAUAUUUGUAUGUAUUUUCACAAAAUGGCUUUUAAAUAAUCCUGCUUACAUACUGGUUGAAUAUAAACAUAUUAAUGUGUGAGUAUAGUGAAAUAACAAUAGCUUAACAUCUUGUAGUUCCAUAUUUAAAAGCCCAAUAUGUUGCUAAUGGGGUUGAAAUGUUUAAAUCAUGUAAUUUAUUACUAUUGUAAACUUUCCUGUAAAUCAUAUUCUUUAACAUUUGCUGUUGAUAUAAAAUACUUAGCAAUGCUUGACAUUUAAAAUCAAUAAUUUACCUAUGCCUUUUACUUGUUCAAGUGGGUGGCACAAUUAUGUCUUUUUUUGAAUGUUAUUUGAUUGUUUUGAAGUAUUUUGCCGUUUGUAUUUCUUUCUGUCAAGGACCAGGGUAGCAGUCCAGUCCAUGACAUCCCACUCUAUUGUAUUAUAUGUUUUGCUGUGAGAGGAAAAGAAACAUACACAAUGGUCAAAAUGGUCGUUUAAAAAUGCCAAAUAGGUAAAGAGUGCCAAAAUGUAGUGCCAGUAGGUAUGAAUAUAGUCCUAAUAUAUAAUAAUCAGUCACUGUCAUCCAAGCGAAUGUAGUCAAUACAUUCUGUACGUUUUGUAACAGUUUUAUGGCUAAGACAUUUUGUACAGUUCUACAGCUAAGACAGUGAUAUUUCAACAGCUUUUUUUUCUCUUCAGCUUUCAAGUUAACUCCACAGACUUUGUAUUAGCCUGAGUGUCAAAUAGCACUAGUUGCAUGUCAUUGCCUCAAUUACAUAUUAUUUCAUUUAACUUUGCUUUUAAAAUGUUGACUAUAUGCGUUUCCAUUUUAAUGUUGAAGUUGUGAGACUAAAUGUUUGAGACUGGAAAUAGGACACUAGACAUAAUAUAUAUAUAUAUUUUAUAUUUUAUAUGACAAGUAUAAAUAACACCUUCUAAAAUUGUACAACCCUUCACAUUAUUAUUAUUUAAUUUUUUUACAAUUACAUGCAGUACUUAUUAAUGCGGAUCAUUUGGCAGUGACAGAUUUUCAAUAUCAGUUAUUUUGUAGGAUACGUUUCCAAGGAAACGUUACAUUUUUGGAUACAACACAACCCCCAGAAGCUUUUUUUAGGUAUGAGCUUUGAAACAGCUUUUACAGACACACACCUCUGAUUUAGGCAAACACAGACAGUUUCAGAAAGCCCAAUGUCACUUUUGCAUUUGAAUAACCUGUUCUAACACGCGAUAACCUCUUCUCACAUAUGUAAAGGGAGUAAUGUACUAUUGGUAUCACUGUUGAUUUUUUUUGUGGUGAACAAUACAACAGUAUGUUAUCUAAUCAACCUCAUCAUCACAUAUCCAGACUAUUCUCACUGACAUUUUGUAUAUGGAAUGUGUGCUAACUUGUUUAUCUUUGGGACUCUUUCUAAAUAAAAAGUGGCUAAUC